AUGCAGAAUGUAACAAGAGCGUUUCAAAAAUCCAAGUUUCAUCGAAAUCUCAAAAAUGUCGAAUGGAAAAACAUCAGAAUACAGCUUGAUUAUAACUAUAUUGAUACUACAAAAGAUGAUGGACACACUUGUAAAAGGAAGGGGCAACAAGUGACUUACCAAAGAACAAGUUUCACUUGCACCGAUGAUCAAGUAUUGUCAAAAUCUAAAAUUAAAGCCAUUAAAGGUACACUUAAUAAUGUAAAGACAUAUUUGGAAAAACUCCUUUAUGUAAUUCCAUAUGAUUCAAAAAUAAAAUAUAAAGAUUAUGUUCGAUGGUAUGGAAAAGAAACAGAUUUUGGGCUUCAAAGUGCAACAGGAGUUGAUAUUGUACUUCCAAUUCUUUCAAGGCCAAGAAGAUCAAAUGAUGCUACACUUGCUUCAGCUGUGGCACUAUCUCUAGCACAAUCAAGUUCAAGACCAAUAUUUGGAGUUGUUUUCCUAAAUCCACAACAAGUUCCAACAGAAAUACAAAAUGAAAACUCAAAAGAUUGUAGAUUCUUUUAUACAUGCGUUCAUGAAAUUUUCCAUGCAUUAGGUAUAUCCGGUUCACUUUAUAAUGCGUACCAUCCUCAUGAAUCUACAGAUCCACAUCCACAAAUAACAUGUAGCAUUCGAAAAUAUGGAAGGAAUUUUAAAUUCCUUGUAACUCCAUAUGCACAUAAAUAUGCCGUGAAACGAUUUGGAGUUGAAAAAUUCAUAGGAGAUAAUGGAGAAUGUCCAUCUGGAUUAGAAAUUGAAGAUGGCGGUGGCAGUGGAACAGCAGGAAGUCAUUUAGAGGCAAGAACUUAUAUGUCAGAUUUAAUGGUCGGAGCAACAAUUCAAACUCAAUCUGGACCAUUUUCUAGAUUGACAGAUGCUGUACUGGCCAUUCUUUUGGAUACAGGAAACUAUAAAGUUAACUGGAAAAUGGGUCAACCAUUAGUUUGGGGUAAUCCUGAAUCAAUCGAUGGAAAACAAAUUAAAAACUUUGCAAUCGGUCCUCCACAAACUGUUUUCCCGAAAUACUACAUGAGGGACUUCUCCAAACAAGAAAUGUGGUAUGAAAGCUUUGAUUUCAAAUUCUCUGGCCCAACUCCAGGCAGAGUUAGUCUUCAAGUAUCUAAUGAGCUAUUACAAUUUUACGAUCCAAAAGGAAUUGGUGUCUCCGAUGUUGAUGUUUAUGAUUACAUUCCAUUUUAUUUCCCAAAUAAUGUAUGCCCUAAAGGACAAGCAAUUCUUCCAUCAACAAAUCUUCAAUAUCAUAAAUGUGGUGAAUAUUCAUGUAAUGAAUAUGAAUCAUUUACUAUUAAAGUUAACAAGGACGAACGUGGUACUCAAUGGGAAGAUGUCACAUGUACUAAAGAAAAUGCUUCUCAAGUUAUUUCUAAGCCAUUUCGUUUCUAUGCUAGAAAAAUUUCUUGUGUUGAUCCUGAGAGAUUCUGCAGAUCUGUAAAAUUGAACGAAAUGAAGUUUGUUGUUGAUCCGUUCAAAGCUGAGACAAUGCAAUUAGACAGUAAUUCAUCUGCAACAAUAGAGCCUGAAUCAGGAGAAGAUCAAAUUCCCUCUGAUGGUGAUAAUGCAGAAAAACCAGGAACUGGAGAAAUGCCAGGCUCAGAAGAAAAACCAGGAUCUGGAGAAACACCAGGAUCUGGAAGCGAUGAAAAUAAAUCAAGCAAUGGAGAAAAUGGAGGAACAAAUGGAUCUAACGGAAAAGAAGGGGGUUCUUCCAAUGAAGAAAAAGAUAAAAAGAAGAAGCUAAUAAUUAUUGGAGUUUGCGCCGGAGUUGCAGCUUUGAUUGUAAUUGUAAUAGUUGCUGUAUUCGUUGGGUAUGCAAUUAGAAAUGCAAAAGAACAGGUUUAUCACGACGAUUCUGAUGCAAAUUAUAUUGUAUAG